CAUAUCUAGGUACCUACCUAAUUUACUGGCCUUUUUGUAAGGAAACUAGUCUAUUCUCACGAUAUUGGGCCUUGAUUACAUCCUACGAAUGCACGGUGCGUAAAUCCGAAGAAACGAAUAAGGACACGGCAUUUGCAAGCAAACAGUUGAACUAAAUUGGGCCUCAAGUUUCCAGAAGGCCGAUCUACUUAGUCUAAUAGAUCCUACUCGCGGAGUUGUCAUUUGGGCUCGAAUGAGGGCAACUUGCGGGUUUACUACGGAAUGAUCUCUUCAACGAUCUGUGAUCCAGAGGUAAUUCCAGAUCUGUGAAGCGGGAACACAGAGCACAGAGCCACCGCAUCGCCGCUCGUUUCAACAGUCGAAAGUGGUGUAAGAUACCUACCUAAGUAAUCUAGUACAAUUCCAUUAUCGCUCGACGAUAACGCGACCGUGGGCAUGGCCUAUAAUAACCGUUUCCAAUUUAUGCCCCGGCAACCCUCACACCACCUGAACCACAAAGUCUCCGAUCUGUCGGACAGCCCGUACAACGAUGAGACAUCCACUGAGAUUAGGGGCCGGGAGUCCCUCGUGUCACUCCAGUCCGCCUACGAAUCUUCAUCAUUAGACGUGCCGUCAGAUGGGAAUGCCUAUGGGUCAAGUUCGUCUUGGUCACUACCCUUUGUUGGAUCUGGAUCUGGAGGUGGAGGUGGAGGUGGGGGAUACCAACCUGUAUCCCCGCCCAGCCAUUCCAACUCGACCUUUGAGCGUUACAAGAGCGUUCGUGUUAAACCUCAAGAUACAAUUCAUGAAGAUGAGAGCAUCGAUAUGUCUCUGCUCCGCGCAGCCGCGCCACUCGGAUAUUCUGGUUCGCACGAUCCUGUCCCUAGCGAUGAACCGGCAAUCGAUUUAUCCUCCUUCUCCGGACCUAUGGGCGCCGAAGACGAAGAAUUCGUCAAGUCGCUACAAGCGAAGGAAGCCAAGGGAUACUUAACCGGAGGUUUAGGGGAAGGGAUGAGCCCGGCAGCAACGCUCAAGCAAGAACAGCUUCUAGCAAGCUCUCCAUCUCUUAAGCGGAGCUUUACUCGGUCAUUUUCUAGGAAGAGCAAGCCUAAUUCAAAGUCGAGAGCCGGGUUGAAGGAGUUGGGUCAGAAUGAGGCGAAUAGGAGGGGGGAUGUGAUAGAGGUCAUCAUGGAAGAGCCUGCAGACUUGAGUACGAUGGUCGGACCAAAUAUCGUUGGGUCUGAUCCGAAUCGUCGGUAUUCGCAACUCCCAAGCCAGGAGAUGAAAACGGAGGUGUUUUACCCACAACCUAAUUGGAAACCAUUUUCCAUGAGAUGGCCGUACAUGACUGGCUUAAUUCUACUAUCCGUUGGCCUUGCCAUUGCCCAGGAGAUUCUCUUUCAGAAGUCCACCGAAGCUCCCCUCAUUAAAUUCCACAACGCCACGGAUCUGGGCCCUGGCUAUUAUUUCAUCUUCAAAUUCGUCCCCACGAUAAUCACCGUUACUUAUGGCGUGUUAUGGCAGAACACAGACUUCGAAGUUAAGCGACUUGAGGCCUUUUAUCAGUUAUCUAAAGAAGGGGGUGCCCUAGCAGCGGAGUCCAUCAACGUCGACUAUAUCACCUUGUUCAACUUCACCCGGCCGUUCCGGGCCCUGCAGCGGAAACACUAUGCGGUGGCCACCUCGUCCUUGGCAACUCUUCUUGCCAUAUCCCUGGUCCCCACUCUCGGCGCGGCGGCGCUGGUCGUGGGGCCGGAUCGGCAGAUACGGCUCUCAAACCCUGAUGUCGAGAAAACUAUCACUAUAAGUCCUAUCCUAUCCCGUCUCCUUACCAUGACUUUUUUUGUCAUCGCAAUGCUGGGAUGCGUGCUAUUUUAUCAGCUUAACAAACGGCGCUCGGGCCUGCUCUCGGACGUCAAGGGGAUCGCGGGGCUAGCGUCGAUGGCUGUAGUCAGCCAUAUCAUGAUGGACUUCAAGGACAUGGACGUCGCUAAGCCGCAGGAAAUUCACCACAAACUCAAGCAUCGGAGGUACGCGCUGCGCAACUCCUCCCUGGUCCCUGAGGAUUUUGAUCAGGUGUCUCCGCUAGCCAGCGACAAAUACAAGGAUGCGCACCUACCAGAGAACCCGCAUCCGCUCAUGCUGCGCGCUGAGGGCUGCAUACCCUUCAUCAUCGGGGUGCUGGCAUUCCUGGGCUUUAUCCCGGUGUUCUUGUUUACGCCGGCUAGCGUGCUGACGCACAAAGCGCCUUGGGCCGUUACUUUGCUGGCGGUUAUUAUCAAGCUUAGCUGGGGCAGCCUGGAGACGGCGAUCCGUAUGAUGGAACCUUAUUACAUCCUCUCGAAGCGCCACGCGCCAGCCAAUACGCUGACUCUCGAUUACACAGCCAUGCCGUUCGCCGUGGUAGCCGUGCGUGCGCUUUUCAACCGGCACUGGAUGGUGUUCCUCGUCGGGUGGGGCACCAUCAUGGUAGAAGCGCUUACGAUCUUCGUCACGAGUCUCGCGACGGUCGAGGGCCGGGACUUCUUGGAGAUAUUGAGCAAGGCGGAAGACCACAGCGAGGAGCUAGGCGACGACGGGUUCCUGCAGGAGGGGGUGGGGUCUGGCUCGGAGACGGUGCUCUCAUUCACGGUGUCGCUCGCGCUGACGGUCGUCAUCCUCCUCUACCUAUUCGUCGUGGCGACGGCCAUUUUUAUCCGUCGGCGCCACCGGUUCCUGCCGCGGCAGCCGAGCACGAUCGCCAGCGUGCUCGCGUUCGUGCACCAGAGCAAGAUGCUGUACGACUUCGUGGGCACGGCCAAGUUCACCAACGCCCAGAUGCGCGCGCGGCUCGAGGGCCUGGGCAAGACGUACGGCCUCGGCUGGUUCUCGGGUCGGGACGGAUACGUGCAUUGUGGAGUCGAUGAGGAGGAGCUGAGUGGGAAUUACAAGCAUGGCGUUGACUUCUCGCAGGGAAAUAAGCCGUGGCUUACUGAGUGGCAGGUCUUCUAGGCUGCGUAGGACGACCUCGCAAUUUGCUUCCAAUACAGCUAUCUAACUUACAUUCCUGCCAUGCAUGGUCUUUAACUUGAGAGUUGUUUUUAUCCGUCCGAGGUCACGAUGGUUUUGAUGUGCUAGCCGUAUUUAUUACAUGGUGUAGAUGUCAGCCCUUACAGGCAUCCUUGUUAUUACCUCUCUAAGCAACCACAUGUAUACGAAUACCCAAACCCACGGAUAAGUUCGCAUCCUUACUAGACAGGCAG